ACAAGCAGCCACACCACACUCAAUUUCCGAUUUUCCUCGUUUCUUCGCUGACUCCGUCUCUCCACCGCGCCACCGCCGCGAAGCUACUCCUCCACCAACUCAACUCAAUGCCGGCCCAAAAGCGUCCGACCGAGACCAUCACUCCGCCUCCUUCUCCUCCGCUACCGCUCGAGGAAGAAAAACCCGAAGAUUCGCUCCAGGAAAGCGAGAAUCACAACCAAGAGCAGACCGUGAACUCUAGCGAUUCCGACGAGAGCUCUGACUCUAGUGAUGCAGAAAAAGACGAAUUUAUUACGGUGAAGUUGGGAGAAAUACGCAAGGAAGUGCAGUGCCCUAUAUGUUUAGGUAUAAUUAGGAAGACAAGGACAGUCAUGGAAUGCUUACAUCGUUUCUGCAGAGAAUGCAUUGACAAAUCCAUGCGCUUAGGCAACAACGAAUGUCCAGCUUGCCGCACACAUUGUGCUAGCCGCAGAUCCUUGAGAGAUGAUCCGAAUUAUGAUGCCCUAAUUGCCACUCUGUAUCCUGAUAUUGAUAAAUAUGAGGAGGAGGAAUUGGCUUUCCAUGAGGAGGAGAAUGCUCGCAAUAAGCAGAUACAAGCUUCUAUUUCCCAAACAUUUCGUCGGCAAGCUGAAGCACUAGGAAAGAAGCGAACAUCAGCCAGAGUUACAGCAGCAGCGUUUGUCAGGCGACAGGGCAACUAUCGAAAUUUGAGAGGCCGGCGAAAUCGGACAGCUGAUCACCAAGGAUCUGAUGAAGAGGAUGGAACUAAUGGAAAUGAUGGUAGCAAAGACUCGUCAUCAGCUGAUGAACGCUCUCCAGACAUCAAAUCUAAGAGAUAUAAAAGACGGCGUGGAACUCGGACUUCACAAACAUCAGGAGCAAAUGCAGAUGGAGGUUCUGAUGAUAAUAAUUCUGAAACCAACAGAGAAUUAUUAAGUGCUUCAGCUGGAAUUAUUGGAGGUACAGAAGUUUUUGCCUGGGGACGAGGUGGCGUGCGCAGUAAUGGCCGGCAUGGUGGUCAUUGUUGGGACAACAUCAAACUUUCCAGGAAUAACCGGCUUUCAAAGCUAGUUGAUCAUCUCCAAUCUUCAAAGGAAAAUGAAGAGGUUAACGAGAGCUUUCCGUUUCCCAUUGCUCUGACAUGGAAAACUCCCACAAAACAGCGGGUGGUGAUAAUCUGCAGACCACCGUUUGUAUCCCCGAAGGGAAGACCAAUACCUAGCAUGAAAGCUUUAACGUUCUAUAUGUCCCUUCAUAUUAGAUGUACAACAGUGAAUAUGCUGAUAUUGGACCUUUCCAGUACACAAAUGGUCAGAAGGCAAAAUUGGAAGUCACAGUGGUCUUAAUCUUCAUGGUAUCAGUAUCACUACUAGAAAAAUAGCCUAAUACUACAUCUUAUAUAUGUCACUUUAUACAGAUGACAUUACAGAUAGUCAACCUAUAUACCAGCCUGUUAUUACAUUAAUGUUAAGCAUUAUUGCUACGUUUCGAAAUAAAUGUCAUAAUGAGAGUCAUUUAGUGACAGUUA